UAAUGCGUGAUUUCGCAUCAUAUUAUUCAAGAGGGUUGCAAGGAAUAGAACUAACAAGAUUUGAAGAAAUUAGGUUAAUGUUCUUCAGAGUUACAGUGAUGGAAAUGAUUCUUAAAUCCUUACAUUGUCACGACGUCUUGAAGAGUGAUUAUAGGUUCAUUGAUCCCUAUAAAAUGAAAGGUUUACGCUUUCAAAAUUAUCUAAUUGAAGUACUAGAAACUACUCGUAGAUUUUUAGAAAUUGUUGAAGUUUACUAUCCAACUCGGGAACAAAUCGAUAAUUAUGUUUUUAUGAUUUAAUUCUGGGCCAGAACGUGAUUGAAAAAUUACUGAAGAGUUUGUCAAACAGAUUCGAUUCCGGUUUCUCAGAACGAUAGGCUACCGUUUUCACCAUCCAUCGAUCUUCGAUGGUAAAUUAAAAAGGGUCCUUCCACUGCCCUCAGAGCGAAAACAUGACUACAGACCGAAAAUUAUAAAAUAUAUGUAUAUAUAUUUUAAUAUCAAGAAUCUAUAAUCAAUUUCUGAUUUUUAUGGUCAUACAUUUUUGUGCUCCAAUAAAAUUAUCGAUUAUACAAAUAAAUAUGUAUGUACUGUAUUUGUAUAUUGUGAGGAUUCAGACCAGUUCCGAA